AUGAUUGACGGCAUCAUCCAGGUUAACGACGAUAAUAUUGAUGAUGUUCUGGAUACCACAUACGAAAUCAUGCUGAUGUUCUGUAAUGGAUAUGCGGAUGCGUGUUCUAAUCAUCGCAAGCCGUAUGUGCGCGCUGCACAGUUUUUGGCAAAGUUGGAGAAGCCGGUGUAUCUGGGAGAAGUGGAUAUCGAGAAGAGCAGUGAGCUAGAAGAACGAUACAAUAUCACCUCCUAUCCCACCUACAUGAUUGUCUAUUCCUUCGGACGUGAUCCCGAGAAGCUGAAAAUUGCUCAGACUGAUAUUACGUUCGCCAAGGAGGCCCUGCGCCGUAAUUACGUGGAUCUCAUCGAAGUGAAGACUCCCGAGGAAUGGGAGGACUACAAAACCUCUCUGAGCAUCACGACGCUCGGCGUGUUCGAGACCAAAGAGUGCGAUCAAUUCGAAACGUACGAAAAACUGGCGAUGGGCAAAAACAACGCCGUUUUUUUCUACACCACCAACCCUGAGAUCAUCCACACCUCCGACACGGCUGCGCUGUAUUCCUUCCACCACAGCGACGGAAACACGAUGAUUCAUUUCACUGGAGGUAGAAGCUUGUUAUGA